GGGACCCAUAGAGCCCCAUAGGGACCCCCACGAUGCCGGUGAAGUUGGACUUCGAGGAGUGUCUGCAGGACUCGCCCUGGUUCAGGGCUGCAGUGGAAGAGGCCGAGGCUGAGGUGGCCGAACUGGAGGCACAGCUGGAGAAGCUCCUCAGCCUCACUGCGGCUGCGCUGGACGCCGGGCGCCACCUGGUGGGGGCUGGGCGAGCCCUGGCCUCGGCCCUGCGGGACCUGGCGGGGGGAGGGGAGCCCCCGUUAAGGGGGGCGCUGGAGACACUGAGCGAGUCCCUGGAGCUGAUGGUGGAGAGCCAGGAGGAGCUCCAAGCCAGCACCGAGGCCGCCCUGCACCGACACAUCCAGGCCCUGCUCAAGGACAGUGGGCGUGGCCUGCGCUCCGCGGGCCGUGAUUGGUUGCGCGCGGCCGAGGCCCUGCAGGUGGCGCUGCAGCGUCACGUGGAGGUCCCGCGCAGGCGCACGCUGGAGGCGCGCGAGGCCGAGGCCGCGCUGGGCGGGGCCCGCGGCACUGCGCGUGCGCGGGGGCUGGACUACGUACUGCAGAUCAAUGUGAUCCAAGAGAGGAAGAAGACGGAGAUGCUCCAGUUUGUCCUGGCCCUAUUGGAGGCCCAGGCCACCUUCUUCAGCCAAGGCCACCAUAGGGCCACCAGCACCCAGCAGUACCGGGGGGAGCUGGGGGUGCAGCUGGACCGGAUGGUGCUGGAGGGGGCUCGGAAGCAGCGGGACAUGGAGCAGAGGCAUGCGGGGCUCAGGCAGCAGGACCUAUCGCAGGAGGUUGUGGGCGGGGCCUCGGGGGAGGCGGCCCCCGGAGCCCCCCCCAUGCAGGGAUACCUGUACAAGAGAGCCAGCAAUGCCUUCCGCACGUGGAGCCGGCGCUGGUUCAGCAUUGAGAACAACCAAUUGGUUUACAUCAAGAGGGCCAGGGACCCCCCCACAGUGCUCAUGGAGGACCUGAGGCUCUGCACCGUCAAAUCCUGCCCGGAGCUGGAGCGACGCUUCUGCUUUGGGGUGCUGAGCCCUGGCAGGUGCUGUGUGCUCCAGGCCGUGUCCGCAGUGCAGCAGCGCCGCUGGAUGGGGGCUCUGCAGAGCAGCAUCACCAGUGCCUUCAGUGGGGGGGGGGCACUGAGAGAGCCUGGACGGCCCCCCCAGGACCCGGAUGCGCUUCCAGGACCCCAUGAGGAUCCAUCCGGACACUGGGUGCUGGACACGGUGCUGAGGGUCCCAGGGAACGGGACCUGCUGUGAGUGUCGGGAACCGGGACCAGCUUGGGCCAGUGUCAACCUGGGAAUCACCCUCUGCAUCCAGUGCUCCGGGAUACACAGGAGCCUUGGGGUUCACUUCUCCAAGGUGCGCUCCCUGACACUGGACUCAUGGGAGCCUGAACUGGUGAAGGUCAUGUGUGAGCUGGGGAACAGCGCCUUGAACCGCAUCUAUGAGGCUCGAGUGGAGGAGAUGGGGGUCAAGAGACCCCCCCCCGGCUGCUCCCGGGCCCAGCGGGAGGAUUGGAUCCGUGCCAAGUACGUGCACAAGCAGUUCCUGCCGCGGCCGCUGGGGGCGCCGCUGAGGCCCCGCCCCCCGCGCGCAGGCCCCGCCCCCGCCCCCCCGGAAGCGGAGCCCCCCCCCCCCAGCCUGCACCCAGGGGCCCUCCUGUAUUGGGGUGCCCGGCGCAGGCGCCUGCUCACAAUGGCUGAGGCCCUGGCCCAUGGGGCAGAUCCUGGCUGGGCCAAUGGGGCUGAGGGCAACAGCACCCCCCUACUGCAGGCGGUGAUGGCGAAUUCCCUGUUGGCCUCCGAGUUCCUGCUGCAGAAUGGGGCCAGUGUGAACCAAAGUGAUGGGGACGGGAGGGGACCCCUGCACCAUGCGACCCUACUGGGGCACACGGGCCUGGCCUGCCUCUUCCUGAAGCGUGGGGCUGACAUCAAUGCUGUGGAUGCAGAGGGCAAGGACCCGCUCAGCAUCGCCAUUGACUUGGCCAACGCCGACAUCGUCACCUUGCUGCGGUUGGCCAAGAUGAAGGAGAUGGACACGGGGCAGGGGCAAACUGACGCCACCUUCCUCGAUGUCUUCCGGGACAUUUCCCUUAUGGCCUCGGACCACCCAGAGAAGCUCACCCGGCCCCAUAGCAAGAGCAGCACCCUCUAAGCCCCGCCCCCUAUGGGACCAAGCCCCGCCCCCU